AUGGGGUGGGUUCAUCGCACCAACGCGAAGGUCGCCCACAGUUCCGUUGGGCGAUGGUUCCAACUCGAAGGAUCGGGUCACCCUAAGGAGCGCAAAGGGUCCUACUUCUUCACUGAGCUACGCGCUGGAGUCGCUGCUUUUUUUGCUAUGGCUUAUAUUAUUGCUGUCAACUCUAGCAUCGUAGCUGAUACUGGCGGAACCUGUGUCUGCGACGGUGGAGUGGACGAUCCUAUCUGCAAUGUGAACGAGGAUUAUUUAUUAUGUGCUGCCGAAGUCAAGCGUGAUCUCGUUACUGCCACGGCCGCUAUCGCUGCACUUUCUUCGUUUUGCAUGGGCUUGUUCGCAAAUCUGCCGGUCUCUUUGGCUCCUGGUAUGGGGUUGAAUGCGUACUUUGCGUACACCGUUGUUGGUUAUCAUGGGACGGGCACAGUCCCGUAUAGUGUAGCUUUGACGGCAAUCUUUGUUGAGGGCUGGGUCUUUUUCGCCCUUGCCCUCUUCGGCCUCCGGCAGUGGCUCGCGAGGGCUAUUCCGCGAUCGAUAAAGCUUGCCACGAGCGUGGGUAUUGGGCUCUUCCUAACUCUUAUUGGGUUCACGUAUAGCGAGGGUAUCGGUCUUCUGACCGGUGCCAAAUCUACGCCGCUUGAAUUAGCUGGUUGCACAUCUGAUAUGUUGGAUCAAGUCACUGGAAUUUGCCCUAGUGGUGCGAAGAUGCGCAACCCGACGUUGUGGAUUGGUAUCUUUUGUGGUGGCGUGUUCACCGCGCUGUUGAUGAUGUAUCGUGUGAAGGGUGCCAUAAUAGCCGGCAUUCUCCUCGUCAGCAUAAUCUCGUGGCCACGUGGAACUUCCGUGACCUAUUUCCCUUAUACGGCCGUAGGAGAUUCCGAAUUCAACUUCUUUAAGCAGGUGGUUGAUUUCCACAGGAUUACUAAAACCCUCGGAGUUCAGCAAUGGGACAUUUCUGAGUACGGAGGUCAGUUUGGCUUGGCGUUUAUCACAUUUCUCUAUGUGGACAUCCUUGACUGUACGGGGACUUUGUAUUCAAUGGCGCGGUUUGCUCAUGUUGUCGACCCUGUCACCGAGGAUUUUGAAGGAUCGACCAUUGCAUACAUGGUUGACGCCAUCAGUAUCUCAAUAGGGUCGCUUUUGGGAAGCCCACCUGUUACCGCAUUUAUAGAGAGUGGUGCAGGUAUUUCCGAGGGGGGGCGAACUGGAAUCACGUCGAUGACCACCGGCUUGUGCUUCUUCGUCUCUAUCUUCUUCGCCCCAAUAUUUGCCUCAAUCCCACCAUGGGCUACAGGCUGUGUAUUGGUCCUUGUCGGUUCGAUGAUGAUGCAGGCGGUAACCGAGAUCAACUGGAGGUAUAUUGGCGAUGCUGUACCUGCUUUUGUAACUAUAUGCGCAAUGCCUUUCACGUACAGCAUUGCUGAUGGGCUGAUUGGUGGUAUAUGCCUGUACAUAACGCUUAAUACGACGGUGUGGGUGAUCGAGAAAGCGUCAGGCGGACGGCUUGUCCCGCCCAACAAAGCCGAAAAGGAUCACUGGACUUGGCGGGUCCCCGGUGGUAUCUUACCACCGUGGUUGGUACGACUAUCAACAGGCAAGAAGGACUUCUGGCGGGAUAAUUCUCCUGUCAUUGCAUCGGCUUCGGAUAUGCUAGACGAAGAGGAGGUAGCAAAAUCGAAUGCGAACGAUGCUACAGAAGGUAAUUCCAAGGCCGUUGCACUUCGAGGUCAUGAGAAGCCUCUUUGA